AUGGACGAAUCUUACAUUCCUUCUCCGAGCGGGACCAUUUUCUCUAUCCCACCAAACCCUGAAGUCUUGCAUGCACUGGUCGAACAAGCCGAGGCGCCUUUACCUGCGCUACAUUUGACAGAUCUAAUCCCUCACCUGCCUGUACCGGAUGACGACAUCUACCGAGGUGCGACGGGUGCACCUCCAGAGCGCCCGCCAUCUCCUAUGUUGUCACUAUACGCACAAUCCUCAGUGUCUUCCGUCUCCUCAGGCGGUCGUGGUCGGAGGCGUGGUACCCUUGCAGCGAUUGUUGAAGCAGCUGUCGCGAGAUGGGGGCGCUCUUCAUCCGAUGGAAGCUCAAGCUCUAGUAGCUCUUCUUCAUCCUCCUCUUCAUCAUCGAGUGUCUCCCAUUCUCGCAUCCGAAGUCGCAGAAGGAAAGGGAGCACUACCACUACGACUAUAACAAGAGCCAAGACGCCAGCCCAACGAGCCAAAGCCCGGGAAGAAAUCAAAAUAACAAAACGAGUCCCUCGCGAGUUCACCCUCUUUCUGCCCCAGUCGCUAUGUCCGCCUGACGGGCUAUCGACCAAGCCAGACUCAAGGCCAUCCCCUAGACCCCUAGGCCAGCCGGCCGUAAUUGAGUCCCAGCGUACGCUACGAACACGACACAUUAAGCUUAUCGCAACUCAGCUCGAAGCUGCUCUCAAGAAGAAUGCAAGGGACCUACGAGCUGCAGAUCGUCUCAAAUCGCGCCAUACUGCCGUAUCCCAACCCAGCGAAUUACCGUCCGCGCCUAUUAACCCGCAUAACAAGAAAAUACCUCAGCUUGUUCUCGAGGCCCCGACGCCACCUGACCGGACCCCGAAGACUGAUGUGACUGACCUGGGCGAAUCAACCAGCAAACAACCCGUUCCGUUGGAAAAGCCAAACGAAGCCACACUGGGAUUGCUUGUGCCCGAUGAUCCAAAGGGACCAUCAAAGCCUGUUGCUAGCACAUCUUUGGUAUCGGGGCCUGUUCCGGGAAAUCGUGCUUGGUGGCUCGACGUUGCAUCUCCAACCUGGGAGGAUAUGAGGGUGCUUGGCAAGUUACUCCACUUACACCCCCUUACACUCGAGGAUAUUCUUCAUGAAGAUCCUCGCGAGAAGUUAGAGCUAUUUCCCAGGCUGGGUUACUAUUUCGUCGUUUUCCGCGCUCUCGAGACUCAAGCCGCCUUGCGAAGACCUAGACCUCCUGAUGCCGAACAGGAAGGUACCAUUGGUGCGGUGAAUGUGUAUUUUGUAGUAUUCAGGGAAGGGAUUGUCACUUUUCACUUUGAGGAUAUUGCUGAGCACGCGGAUCGAGUGCGCCAAAAAAUUAUCGAGUUUGAGCAGACCAUUCAGAUGUCAUCCGAUUGGAUCUCACACGGGCUGAUGGAUUCCAUGGUUGAUGCGUUUGUACCACUGCUCCGAAAGAUUGACAAGGAGGUUGAAGGGGUCGAUGCACUCAUUACGAACCCCCAUGAUUCUCUGGAAUCGGUGCCUCACUCCGAAAUCACGAUUCAAGCAGGAUCGUCGGAUGCAAUCACAGAGAAGAUUGAAGACUUGGGGGAAAACGAGAAAUCGGGUCCAGGCUUCGAUCGGGAUAAAAUUCUGGAAGGCUCGAAUGUGGUCGUCGGUGAUAGAGAGAUUGCAACUCGGUCACCAAAAGGUUGUUGUCGAGCCUCCGACGAAACUUGCAACUUUUCAAACCUUGCUCCGAAUGGCGAAUACGCGAAGAUUGCUAAGGAAGCGCUUACAGGGGGCCCUGGAGGUGCUGUUGAUUGGGACGAAGGGGAUAUGGCACGGGGACAAGAGGUUGGAAUUUACUUGGGAGACGUUCAAGAUCAUAUCUUAACCAUGCAACAGGCUCUGAACCAUUAUGAGCGUAUUCUUAGUCAUGACCAUCCGCCUCAUCUCAGGCUACUCUUGUCUGAAGCCAAAGGUGGCAAGGAUAAGAUGAUCCUCAUACUCUCGGUUAUCAUAUUCACGGUCCCCGCGAUGCAAUUACCCAUUGGUCUAGGCGGAAUGAAUGUCAAUGUUCCUACUCAAGAGGGCACUCCAUACUAUGACUACUUCUUCAUUUGGCUGGGAGUCACAAUAGGUGUCAUGUUUGCAAUCUUUUUACUCGUCUGGUGGUGGUGGAUACUAGCGAAGAAGAAGAGAAGGACUAAUGCCAAGCUUUAA